UUGGAAUUAAAUUUAUUUUUACCAGAAUAUUCGACAGAAACAAACUUUCUUUAUUUAAUUUUGAAGAUAAUGAUAAGAUUUAUUCUGAUUCAGAAUCGUGCAGGAAAAACUAGGCUAGCGAAAUGGUACAUGCAUUUUGAUGAUGACGAAAAGCAAAAAUUGAUUGAAGAAGUACAUGCAGUAGUUACCGUUCGUGAUGCAAAGCACACAAAUUUUGUUGAGUUUCGCAAUUUCAAAAUUGUUUAUCGGAGGUAUGCCGGACUUUAUUUUUGUAUUUGUGUUGACAUAAUGGACAACAAUUUGUAUUACCUCGAAGCAAUACACAAUUUUGUGGAGGUCCUUAAUGAGUACUUUCACAAUGUUUGCGAGCUCGAUCUUGUCUUUAAUUUUUAUAAGGUAUAUUCGGUUGUGGACGAGAUGUUUCUGGCAGGAGAGAUCCGGGAGACGUCACAAACAAAGGUACUGAAACAGCUAAUGAUGCUUAGCUCCUUAGAAUGA